UACAACUACAACUACAACUACUACUACUACUACUACUACUACUACAACUAACUACUACAACUACUACUACUACAUCGUCUUCUUCUCCAUCUUCUUCCGUCCUCACAGACCCAGCCCAGACAGGGAGAUCCGAAUCCCUUGCUUUGUCCCUAGCCUUCCUUUAUAUUUUAUGAUUCUGAGAUUCUGAAACUUCUUUUCUAUUUUAUUUUCGCCUCUGCUAAUCAGUUCGGAUGUUUCAGUGACCAGUCUGCUGCCUUGUGUGCCUUUUUUCUCAAUGAAUGUGCCACCGUCUUCACGCCCUCCCUUUCACAGUCCUACCUGCUGCCCAAUCAUUCUUUAUAAUCCAUAAUCAAACAAACAAUGCUAUCUAUACCCGGGAAAUCUGCCAGGCGACUUUCCUCUCUAUUCUCGCUUGGCUCUAAGGAUAAACAAGAUGACGACGGGAAGGCUUCCCGCCAUGCCACCCUUAUUAAAACCCCUCCUCCUCAGUACGGAACCGCUCAAGGCCAACGCGCCCAACUACAGCCACAGCAGAAUCGUGCCUCUUCUCCCCUGGGUCUUCGUCAUGCUGCCUCUGCACAGCAUAUUUCGACAAAUUCUCUAGGCUUUCUCCCCUCGAAUAAUAGGAACGUGUCCGCCCCGCUCCCCACCCUAACCUCAGCGCAUGACGACAAUGGCAACCGGGCCCCUCGGCCGCCUCUAAAUACUGUAAAUCCUGAUCUGCCUGACUCAACUGCUGAGCGACGCCAGAGCUGGAGUGGUGGUGGGCUUUCAAAUAUGGCGGGCGGGCUUUCACGGCCUGCCUCGAGAUCGGGGCUCUUGACUGCAGUCAGCACAGAUUCCAGGUCCUCAAAGACUCGGAGUUGGCUGCCUGGGAAAAGCCGCGUAUCAUCUGUUGACUUGAAACGACCCGAGCGGCCUAUGCGGGCAUGGAUUGCUGGACGGGGUAUUGAGUAUAAUUUAAAUCCGCUCUUGAGCGGGGAGAAGGUUGAUGAACUAUGGGAUGACCACGCCGAUACAUUUGUAUAUUUAUUCCCACAAAAUACAAACAGAGGCCCUUCUUUCAAGGUCGACUCUUCUAUCUUCGUCUCCUCUCCAACUCUCACCUUCCUGGCUCGAGGCUCCGACCCAACCCCUAAAUUCAAGCGACGCACUAUUCCAGAAGAGUUGCCGCAGCUCAACUUCCCCCCUACAGGUUCUCCACCAGCACACAACCAAAUAGGAUCUCUUGAGGAUGACCGGAGCAGUUCGGCCAGCAGAGCAUCUAGGGACUACUCGAUUGACGAGCCUCCUCAACAGCUGCAUCUUUAUGUCCCUGUACCCCUAGAAAGUGACCUUUCCAACCAGAACUGCACCUUAAUAGACGCAGAUGUCCACAUGCUCAUACUGUUUCGAAAUCUAUUUGCAUUUUUAAUUGGCCAAUGUUUGAUUGCCACCCCGAAAAGACCCAAAGUCUUUGAUAUUUUUAUGGGAGUUUCAGACCUCCUUUCCAAAUUCGAAUUUGCCAAUCUGGACGGCUCAGGGUUAGGAGAGACUGCGACCUCUAGUUUUGCGGCGUACUGCGACGAACUGAGAAUUUAUGACGUGCGAAAGAGCCGCGAGAAAAUUCUUGAAGCGAUCAUCCUAGGAGAGCGGAUGAAGUUCUUUCCGUUAUAUCGGGAAGGAUUCAUUCAUGGUGUUGGCAGACUGAAGGACGAAGACUUUAAACACCCCAAGUAUCUCCUUAUUUCGGACCUCUCGCGGGAGAAUAUCGAAAAAGGUUCUAGUGCUCUACAAAAAGAACUCAAAAUAAUUCAUGAUAAGCUAGACGACUUUGACUUCCCAUCCCUCUUCGCUGGUAUCGCUAACUCGACCACUCUAAACGAAGCCAAACAGGUACGGUUCAAGAACUGGAAGAGUGCCUUCUUAGCAUUCAGGAAAGAUGUCAAAUCCUACUAUGCUAAGCGUUUUGGCUCUUGGCCGCCAAAACCAGGUUCCGAAAAGAACCAAUCUGACAAAAGCGGCUUGAGUCGCCUAGUUCUGAUGGAGCUCUACCAAGACUUUUCGGAUCUCUACGACAUGCUUGUCGAUAGAACUUCCUUGACUACUCGAACAGCCGAUAUGACGAUGAUGAACGAAUCCGAUUCUAUAGGUUCUCAGGAUAUAACCACCCGUGCUCUUCGGCAGGUGAUGAGCGAAUAUGACCGGAGCACCCCACCUGUGCAACCCCCGGUUCCUUUUGACCUACCCAUUUUGCCAAGUAUAAUGUCUAUCCGCAAAAAAAUGGAUCCCGGAAGGGCAAGCAAGGAACGGGCUAAAAGACUCGCACCCGGUGAAGCCAGCGAAAUCCUAUUCGGCUCAUACAACCACGCCAGCAUCAAACCAACAGAUUUCCUCGCGAACUUCAUGCACUUCGAACGUGAGCAAGCGAAAGAUAAAGAGAGGACCUGCGACGACCUCUCAGACUACCGCUGCGGCCAAUGGUUGUUCAUGUACUCCGUCCUGCAAUCAUUGCCCAGGGUCGUUAUCGACGCGCCCGAUGUUCGCUUUUCGCAAGGGGUGGAGUACUUCCUGUCCAUAGCCCCGUGGGGCGGAAUGCCAUGGUGCCGUGAUGAUUUAAAAUCCGGACGAACUUGGUUCGGCGUAGCCGACGGCUCCGCCGUAGUGAGUCUACCUAAUGACUCAGUCGCCAAUGCCCCCGACAGCGCCUAUCGCCGCAGUCACUGCUGGGAAGUAGCGAUGAAGUGGGCGAAUCAACAACAGAUGUUGUCUCCAGUGAUGCUUGAUGGCGAUGGAGCAGAGAAGCAACUCCAGAGCCAGUAUCCGCCUUCGUCGACGGGGGGAAGCGUACCACCGCCGCCUCCGCUUUCGGUAACAGGAUCCUCGUCAGACAGACAGCCCACCCCGCUCUUAACGCCUGGUAGCCAAACACCGCCACUUGUUAGCAUCCCAAUACCCAGGGAGCAUUCGCCGGGCCUCCAUCCAGGUCUGAAAGGCGGUAAUCGCGCCUCCCUCUACAUGGGCUUGGAAGCACUACCGCUUCCCCCGAGUGUGGUGCCGUUUGAAACCCCCUCGCGACCAAAGAGCCAUAAUCCCACAAUGAGUUUUGAUGAUAUUCUUAAGAGCAUUCCUAAUAAAAAUUCGCACAAGUCCAAGAAGUGAAUUAUCCCCUUUUUAAUCAACUCUCUUUUUUGUGCUUUAAUUUUUUUUUUUUUUGGUUGGCUUCCUCUAUGGUUUUUGUUUCACUUUUGCGAUUUCAAUAUUUUGGAUUAAUUGCGCGCUGGCUGGACAUUCGGUCGCAUCUGUAUUAUUUACAUCUAGAAGCGGAUUGGCGGUGUCAUUUUUCCUUUCCUUUCUUUUUCACUUUCCACAUUGGGAUUUUCUUGUGCGCAUUCUCUCCCUUUUACUUUUCAUUUUUUGCGUUCAUCGUCUCGAAAUUUCUCUCUUUCUCAUUCCCAUAGAAGUUAGUUGAACGCAACUAUGCCAAUAUGCUUAUUUUGAUUUUUGGUGAACGGAAAGGAAGAAUUAAAGAUCGCUUUAAUAGACCGCUACUCUGCAUAAGCUUGGUUUUUCAGUUUCUUGUUUUUCUUUUCUUUUUUCCCCCUCAUAUUCAUUCCCUUGCUUUUUGCGAAACCUCUUGUUUUCUUCUUUCCCUAUCCCUGUUUUUCUGCUCUCGCAUUGUCCACUCACCAUUCUGGUGUUUGUUUUGAUUUCCCCAAUUUCACUCAUACAUCACAAAUCGCAUACAAGCCGGCGCUGAUUUUU